UUCUGGUUUCGCUGCAGGACCAUGUUGGGCUGCAGAACUUGGACUCUGUGCUCCUCUCCAGGGUUCCCACCUCACAGCAAACCUUAAGACGCAGCGCCCCCUCCUGGACAGUCGCCGGCCCUGCAGGAGAUGGCUGAUCACACGUAUUCCGAUCUGAUCGCCAAACACUACAACUACACCGGCAAGUUCCGCAAGACGGACCGGGACGCUGGCCUGAAGUCCGACUCAGUGGUCUUCAUCAUUGUGUGCUGCUUCAUCAUCUUGGAGAACAUCGUGGUCCUGCUCACCAUCUGGAGGACAAAGAAGUUCCACAAGCCCAUGUACUACUUCAUCGGGAACCUGGCUCUGUCCGACCUGCUGGCCGGCAUGGUCUACACUGCCAACAUCCUCCUGUCAGGCGCCAACACGUACAAGCUCACGCCCACCCAAUGGUUCUUCAGGGAGGGCAGCAUGUUUGUGGCGCUGGCGGCGUCCGUCUUCAGCCUGCUGGCCAUCGCCAUCGAGCGCCACCUGACCAUGCUGAAAAUGAAGCUGCACAACGAUGGCAAUACGUGCAGGGUCUUCUUGCUCAUCAGCACGGUGUGGAUGAUCGCAGCGGUGCUCGGUGGUCUGCCCGUGAUGGGCUGGAACUGCAUCUGGAACAUGACCAAGUGCUCCACCGUGCUGCCGCUCUACCACAAGACCUACAUCCUGUUCUGCACCACGGUCUUCAGCAUCAUCCUCAUGGCCAUUGUGGUGCUCUAUGCCCGCAUCUAUGCCCUGGUGCGGACCCGCAGCCGCAAGCUCAUGUUCCGCAAGGUGUCCAACGGGCGCAGCACUGCCGGCGCAAACAGCAGGAGCUCGGAGAAGUCUAUGGCACUCCUCAAGACGGUCAUCAUUGUCCUGAGCUGCUUCAUCGCCUGCUGGGCGCCGCUGUUCAUCCUCCUGCUGCUGGAUGUGGCGUGCCAGACCCGGGCCUGUCCCAUCCUCCUCAAGGCUGAAUGGUUUCUGGCACUCGCUGUCCUCAACUCUGCCAUGAACCCGCUCAUCUACACGCUGACCAGCAAAGAGAUGCGCCGCGCCUUCCUGAAAACACUGCUGUGCUGCACUGCCUGCGUCCGGCCUGUGGCCAAGUUCUCAGGACCCGUCAUGGGGGUGGAAUUCAGCCGCAGCAAAUCAGACAACUCCUCCCAUCCUAACAAGGAGGAGGUGGAAUACUCACCAAGGGAGACACCAGUCAUAUCAUCUGGAAAUAUCACCUCAUCAUCCUAA